AUGAAUCCGCUCAAUGCUACCCUGCAUACAAGCCAAAGCCUGGACCUGACCCUGGCUGAGCCCCGGCACGUAUCGACAUCGGCUGUUUGCUCCUACCUGUCAUAUGCUCCGGUGAAUCAAGCCGUCAAGUCAUCCGUUUCACCCACCCAUCAGAUGACACAAGCUACAAGCCGUGACAGGACUCAGGACUCCACCAGGCAGCAAGAAUAUCGGCAUGACACCCACGUCAUCCUGGUGCACCCUGCGACGAGACAUGCAGAUGGGUUUCACAUCCGUGUCAGAUCUCAUGCACAGGAAGAGACGGGAGGUGAACCCGGCGGCGAGGAUAAAGUUACGGCCCUGGUUUCGAAACUGCCUGGGGCUUGGAUGCGAAACGCCGGUGACGGCUUCAAGCAGGGAAGCGGCUGGUGGCUAAAUAUACACACUUGUGGUGAGAUGGCCAUUGAUAUUGAGGCACUGAUCCAAACCCAUGGCUCCCGAUCCACUAAUGCAAGAGAUGCCUGGCACCCAUCCCUGGUUUCCCAAAGCGAUCACAAUCACAACAAGGGAGGGAGGGGGAAAGAGGCAAGCCCCACGAAACAAUGCCAUCAAGGGUAUAGGAAAACGUGGCUGGUACUAGCCCAGAUCGAAUUACCCCGACCACAGCGAUCACUAGUUCCAGAGUUCGCAGGAAUAGGGCGACUCCCCUACUCGGUAGUGCAGCAUCGAAGGCAGAAACAUGACUCUCAAACAACGGCCGUCAGGUCUAUUUCAGGCAGGUCAGACCCGGGAAAAGGAAAGUCUGAAGAAGAUCCCGAGCAAUCACAAUGCCAUGCUUGGGUUAAUGCCUGA